UGUUCCCCGACCCCCAUGAAGCUGCGGGACGACCCGUCUGCCUGCCCGUCCGUGUGGCGGUGCUUGUCGUGCCCGCCGGCCGAGCUGCGCCUGGACCUGGUGCUGUCUUCGGGACAGAGCUUUCGGUGGUGGGAGAGCAGCCCGGGGGCCUGGACGGGUGUGCUAGGGGGCCGCGUCUGGACACUACGGCAGGACGGGGAUCGGCUCUGGUACACGGUGUACGGCGAGGAGGAUGAGCACAAUGAGGAGGAGCGGGAUGGGUGCCUCCCCGAAGCAGCGAAGCUGGACGCCGCAGAGACGGACCGGAUCCUGCGUGACUACUUCCAGCUGGAUGUGGGUCUGUCGGCCCUGUACCGUGCCUGGGGGGCGGCCGAUCCCCUGUUCCGCAAGGUGGCCAAGGACUUCCCAGGGGUGCGGGUGCUGCGGCAGGACCCCGUCGAAUGCCUCUUCUCCUUCAUCUGCACCUCCAACAACCAUAUUUCCCGCAUCACUGCCAUGAUCGAGCGCCUCUGCCAGGCCUUCGGACGCCGCCUCUGCUGCCUCGAUGCCCGGCCCUUCCAUGCCUUCCCGUCCCUCUCGGCCCUCACAGGCACUGAUGCCGAGGCACGGCUGCGGGCUCUGGGCUUUGGGUACCGCGCCAAGUUUGUCAGCGGCAGUGCGCGGGCCAUCGCCGAGGGGCUCGGCCCCGAGGGGCUGUUCCAGCUCCGCACCGCACCCUAUGCCGAGGCCAGGAGGGUGCUGUGCGCCCUGCCUGGUGUAGGUGCCAAGGUGGCCGACUGUGUCUGCCUAUUGUCCCUGGACAAGGCGGAGGCAGUGCCGGUGGACACCCACGUCUGGCACAUUGCACGGCAGCGCUACGGCGUGGCCCUGGGUGGUAAGAGCCUCACUCCCCGGGCCUACCAGGAGAUCGUGUGCCACCACACUGGCGUUCACCCUCUCUCCACAGGCGACUUCUUCCGGGGGCUGUGGGGCCCUCGUGCUGGCUGGGCGCAGGCAGUGAGUACCCCCCUUUCUGGCACCCUUGCCCCCCACCCCAGCCAUGCCCACCCCAUUAUCUCCCCCCUCCAGGUCCUGUUCUGUGCUGACCUCCGUAAGGGUCAGAAGCCAGCCAGCAGCCAGCAUCAGGUCUAGCAGACCUGAGGCUGGGACAGCUAUGGGGCUGGGGCCUCCAGGGACACCUCAGGAGGAACAGUGACUUGAGUGGGACACUGCACCUGCUGCCAGCCAUGGAUGGAGGGGUGUGGGCAGCUGUCUGUCACCUGCCCACUGUGUGCAUGGGGGAAGCUGCUGCCCUGGGCAGUGAAGCUGGAUGGGUCAGGGCUGUGUACAGCUCCCUCAAUGCAGAGCUGAGCCAAGUACCUUUGGUCUCUUUGCCUUUAUUACAAGCAAUAAAAUAGAA